AUGAGUAUAAAAACAAGGCGAAUCUCACCACUUUUCCUUGCAUUAGUGAUCAUUAGAACUGUAAAUGCUCUGGUCAUAUCAUCAUAUUUUCAAGCCGACGAGUUUUGGCAAUCUCUAGAGCCAGCUCAUUGGAAAGCUUUUGGUUAUGGCGAGAUCACUUGGGAAUGGGAAAACAAGCUUAGAAGCUAUGCUUUUCCGUUCAUGUUUGAAAUUGUUUACAGAGCUGCGAGAUUUGUAGCUAAAGUGUAUGAGACAUGGAGCAAUUUGAGUGCGGGUUUGUUAAUGCGAUGUGUUACAGUGGGUUUUCCAAAUUGGCGAGCAGCUUGGCAAUUUAUUUGGCAAUACAGGCAAUUUAAUCGGGAUGUUAAGGAGCUGAUAGAAUACACACUUGUCAUUUAUGGACCUAAGGUGGCAAUGGCUUUGUUAGGAGCCACGGGAGAAUUUUACCUUAUACAGUUUGUCCAAAAGGUUUUUGCCGUGCAACGGCCACUUCAAGCUGAUAAAAAGGACCAAACCACGGUUCUGGUUCCAGUGGCUCAAUACGCGACGAUCUUGUGUGUCACAAAUUUUUUCAACUGUUUCAUGAUUACUCGGAGUUUUAUCAACACCUUUGAAAUGGAUCUUACAUGCAUAGCGCUUUAUUUCUGGGAUUGGAGUGGUGGCACAAAUAUAAAUUCGACCAAUUUUACGAAGAGUCUUUUUUGCGCGUUUUUCGUUUGCCUCCAAAGACCCACUAAUGCCUUCAUUUGGAUUCCUUUGGGACUUUUCCUCGUAAUGGGUCUCUUGGGUGAAAGAAAGUACUACGAGAUCGGCAAACUUGGCUUUAAAAUAAGCUAUACUUUCACCUUGGCGUUUGCAAUAAAUUUGGCUAUUGAUUUUUACUUUUAUGGCGAAUUGACUUUCCCAGUUUAUCGAUUUUUCGAAUUUAACGUCACUAGCUCUUUGUCGUCCUUCUAUGGGAAAUCCCCUUGGCAUUUCCAUUUAUUACAAAGCAUUCCAAUAAUUCUAGGCUACAGUAUUCCGCUUGUCCUGUAUGGAUUUUUUAAACCGGAAAAACGGAACAAUCAACAAUUGCUUACCUCACUGUCACAAAUCAAAGUUGUUAUCAUCGUCAACAUCAUUUUGUUCAGUCUCAUCCCACACAAAGAGUUUCGUUUUCUUUAUAUGCUGCAUCCACUUUUUACAGCGUUAGCGACUUCAGCUCUACUCGAUCUUUCACUCAAAUAUCGCGGACUCGAUUUUAGAAAGACGCGGUUUUGGAUUUUACCACUCAUAUCUGUAAUUGCUGCAAUGUUGUUGUCAUCAUCGCACGAAACCGGGGUUGUGGAGGUAAUGAAGUAUUUGCAUAACAUCCCCAAUGUACAAAGUAUCGGCUUUGUAAUGCCUUGUCACUCGACUCCCUGGCAGAGCUAUUUACAUCGCAACGACAUCUUAGACUUAUGGUCUAUAUCGUGUGAACCGCCGCUAUUUCUCUUGAAAGAUCCCUCUUCGGCAGAAAAGCUGCAAUGUUACAUGGAUGAAAGUGACAUUCUUUAUGAUGAUAUCCCGCUAUUCUUCCAGCGCAACUUCCCGCCCUUUUCUCUGGACAAAGAUUCACAGUCUCGGUUCAAUCACACCUGGCCCGAAUUUUUGAUCAUAUUUCAACAUUUAGAUGACAUUUUCAUGAACGAUUAUCUGAGAAAUAGUGGUUACAUGAAAUUUCAAAGUUUUUACAACUCUAAGAGUCAUUGGGACUCCAGAAGGGCUGGAGAUGUCAUAAUUUAUUAUAGGCCCGAGUUAAUAUAUUGA